AUAAGUGGGCUAGGCCCAUAUAUACACAACAAAAAGUCACGUGACAAGAAACUUCAUACGUGUGCGACUCUUGCCCCAAAAUUUGAUUAGCACCACUUAUUGAGAAGCAGCAGCAGCACCACAAGCACCACCACCAGUAUCACAUUCACAUUCACCAUCAUCGUCUCUUCGCUCUUAUCUCUCCGUUACUUUUUUAUUUACUAUCUCUCUCUUCCCCGUUACUUUUUUUUCUUCCCCGUUUCGUUCUCCGUCAAAGUCUUCUCUCUUUACCAUUUUCUCCACUGUACUAAUUUCCCUUUUUACCCCUAAACCCAUCGUUCCCGUGACACGACGGCCACGAAGAAGAGGGAUAAAAUUGAGAAAGAUUAAAUAGGCGAUUGAUUUCUCCAUCGGAGACACCACCGCUCAAAAAAUGGCGACGGCGACGGCGACAUCGGAACGAUUCGAGUUAGCCAAGCACUGCAGUUCACGGAACUGGUCUAAAGCGAUCCGAGUUCUCGAUUCGCUCCUUGCUAAGGAGUCUUCAAUUUUGGAUAUAUGCAAUAGAGCGUUUUGUUAUAAUCAAUUGGAGCUUCACAAGCAUGUGAUUAAGGACUGUGACAAGGCACUUCUGCUUGAACCUUUUGCCAUUCAAGCUUUUAUUCUCAAAGGACGCGCUCUUUUGGCUUUGGGGAGAAAACAGGAAGCUGUUCUUGUUUUGGAGCAAGGGUAUAAAAGUGCGUUGCAGCAGACAGCAGAUGUGAAGCAGUUACUUGAAUUAGAAGAACUCUUAAAAGAUGCAAGACGAGAAAUUGAUGGGAUUUUAAAAAGUCAUGCCACCGAGUCUCCGCAAGAGACCCCUGCCUAUCAUAGUGAGAAGUCUGAUGAAAAAAGUGACAAGCUGGACAACCAUGAAUCAGGAGCAAGUAGCAAUGGGAACUCACAUGAGUCAUCUAGCGAAUUGGGCGAGCAAUCAAAGAUAGUAAGCUUUUCAAAAGUUGCAUCCAAGGCUAGCAAGCAAUCUGAUGGUAAUUCCGACUUAUGUAACGGAUCAGUGUACAAGGAAAAAGAGAAUGGAAAGUGUGGCAGCCAAAUCAAUGGUUAUUAUGAAUCAUGUAAACCUUGUAAUGGUUCUGAUUUGCAUGAUAAUUUAGCUGAAAGUUCCGAUCGGUUCGGGGAGCUAUCGAUUAAUGGAAACAAGAUAAGUAUUAAGUCUAGCAAAAUGAGCCAUAAAGCUGAGGCACGUUGCGGAAUUAGUGAUGAAUCCAGGAAAAAUAAGAAGUACACCAUAGCAAGAAUAUCGGGAACCCAUUCCAUAAGUGUGGAUUUUCGACUUUCUAGAGGCAUUGCACAGGUGAAUGAAGGAAACUAUACGAAAGCUAUUUCUAUUUUUGAUAAGGUGCUGAAAGAAGAACCAACUUACCCUGAGGCACUUAUAGGAAGAGGGACAGCUUAUGCAUUCCAACGAGAGCUUGAAAGUGCUAUAGCUGAUUUUACUAAGGCUAUCCAAUCUAACCCAGCAGCAAGUGAGGCCUGGAAGCGGAGAGGACAGGCUCGUGCUGCUCUUGGGGAAUAUGUUGAGGCGGUUGAAGAUUUGACUAAAGCACUUGUUUUUGAGCCAAACUCACCUGAUGUAUUGCACGAAAGGGGUAUUGUUAAUUUCAAAUCUAAGGACUUCACUGCUGCUGUGAAGGACCUAUCUAUAUGUCUGAAGCAAGAGAAAGAUAACAAGUCUGCAUACACUUAUUUGGGACUAGCAUUUGCUUCUCUUGGUGAAUACAAAAAAGCUGAAGAGGCGCAUUUAAAGUCCAUCCAAUUGGAUAGUAAUUAUCUUGAAGCAUGGCUUCAUCUCGCCCAGUUCUAUCAAGAGUUGGCCGACCACUGCAAGGCUUUGGAAUGCAUUGAGCAGGUUCUACAAGUCGACAACAGGGUUUGGAAGGCCUAUCACUUGCGUGGAUUAGUGUUCCAUGGAUUAGGCGAACACAGGAAGGCUAUCCAAGAAUUAUCUAUUGGCUUGAGCAUUGAGAACACAAUAGAGUGCUUGUACCUACGAGGUUCCUGCUAUCACGCCGUAGGAGAGUAUAGAGAUGCGGUGAAGGACUAUGAUGCAACAGUUGACGUGGAACUUGAUGCAGUGGAGAAAUUUGUUCUUCAAUGCUUGGCGUUUUAUCAGAAGGAGCUUGCCUUGUAUACAGCUUCCAAAGUUAGUAGUGAGUUUUUAUGCUUUGAUAUUGAUGGUGACAUAGACCCAAUGUUCAAGGAGUACUGGUGCAAAAGAUUACACCCAAAAAAUGUAUGUGAAAAGGUUUACAGACAACCUCCCCUACGUGAAUCACUUAAGAAGGGUAAACUGAAAAAGCAAGAUCUUGCAAUAACCAAACAGAAGGCGAAUAUUCUUCGUUUUGCUGAUUUAAUAGGCAAGAGGAUCCAAUAUGAUUGUCCUGGAUUCUUACCAAACAAACGCCAGCACCGUAUGGCAGGAUUAGCUGUGAUAGAGAUUGCUCAAAAAGUUUCCAAAGCUUGGCGCAUAGAGUGGAGGAAUUCAACCAAAGGCACUACAAAAAAUGGAAAGAAAAACCGGAGGAGAGAGAGAACCAACAUUCUUAGCCAGAAUAGAGGUGGUGCUGGGUGUAGUAGUAGCAGUUUCAGUGAAACUUCAACUGGAUAUGCCUCACUAGAAGAUAGAUCAUCAGGCCGCUCUAUCUUGUCUUGGCAAGACGUUUAUUCCCCUGCUGUCAGAUGGAGACAAAUUUCAGAGCCUUGUGACCCAGUGGUGUGGGUUAACAAACUAAGUGAAGAGUUUAAUUCUGGGUUUGGUUCUCAUACACCAAUGGUACUCGGUCAAGCUAAAGUAGUACGCUAUUUCCCAAAUUAUGAAAGAACCCUGACUCUUGCAAAGAGCAUCAUCAAGGAUAAACUCUCUGUACGCAGCAAGAAAGAUAAAGUUAUUGAUCUUUCUAAAGAUGAGAAGAUCGAAAAAAUAAUGCGUGCUGAAACGUGUGAUGAGCUACACAAUAUUGUUGGUGAGGAUUUCUGGGUGGCUACUUGGUGCGACAGUACCGGAUCUGAAGGGAAACGCCUCGAAGGAACUAGAAUCACCUGCAUUCAAAAACCGUAAAUUUUACUUUUUGUUGCAUGUGAUUAACACAAAUCCUAAUCACACCACUUUCUUCAAUAAAUUUCUCUCGUGUUUAUCCAGGGGAAGGCUGGGGUAUGAUUUUUCAAUUCGAACUCCAUGUACACCUGCAAGGUGGAGCGACUUUGAUGAAGAAAUGACCUCAGCUUGGGAGGCUUUAUGCACUGCCUAUUGUGGAGAGAACUAUGGUUCUACUGAGCUCGACGCUUUAGAAACCGUUAGAGACGCCAUCUUACGCAUGACAUAUUACUGGUACAAUUUUAUGCCAUUAGCUCGAGGAACUGCUGUAACAGGAUUUGUAGUGUUACUUGGACUUCUGCUUGCUGCUAAUAUGGAGUUCACUGAGACUAUCCCGAAAGGGUUACAGAUCGAUUGGGAAGCUAUACUUAAUGUCGAACCGGGUUCCUUUGUUGAUUCGGUUAAGUCUUGGUUAUACCCGUCCCUGAAAAUCAAUACGUCGUGGAGAGACCAUACGGAAAUUUCCUCGGCUUUUUCGACAACAGGAGCGGUUGUUGCUGCGCUUAGCACUUACAACGAUUGAGAUUCAAAUCUCUCUCUCUCUGUCUCUCCUUCUCUCUCUGUCUCUCUGUGUCUCUCUCACAAUCUUUCAUAAGAGGUGAAGAAGGCUAACUAAACCAUGAGCAGUAAGAAAACUUGUGUUUCAGUCAAACAUCUUCCGUCUGUUUCUGAUCUAAAAAACAAAAAAAAAGCUAGAAAAGCUUUGUUAGGGUUUUAACUUUAUUAACUCUCGUGUUUAAUAUAAUUUUACAGAUUUAAUAAUGUAUC